GGUGGGCGGAGGAAAACGUUUGAUUCCUGUGAGCGCGCAAUAUUUGAUUUAGUUAUUUCAUGGACACUAAGCGACAGAGAUGAUUCGCGCACUUACACUCGUCCUCUUCGCGUUAGGACUCUUCCAGACAGGUCUAACAUCUGUAAUCCAGUCUGUGGAGACUGUGGAGGAGGCAGUGGGAGAAGAUGCUCUCCUCAGCUGUCAGAUCCUACAGUCUGAAAAUGUGGUGCAUGUCACAUGGCAGAAACAGACGAUGGAUGGGAGGACCAAUCUCGCCACCUUCAACAAUAUCUUUGGCUCUACGGUGAUCUCAGACUUCAGAGGCAAAGUGGAGGUCAUAGGUCGUGGACUGCACAACAGCUCCAUAGUGAUCAAGAAUGUGACGGAGGAGGAGGAUGAAGGCUGCUACCUCUGCCUCUUCAUCACCAACCCUGCUGGAGCGCUCACCUGCAGAACCUGCCUCAGGGUCUAUGAGCUGCAUGAACCCGUUCUACACGUGAGAGAAUCAAAGACAACUGACGAGUUCGUGGUUUCCUGCUCCGCCACAGGACGACCUGCUCCAACCAUAACGCUCAACAUCACACAGCAAGACUUCGACUUCUCACAGAACAACACUGUCAGUGUGAUCAACACAAACGGUACAUUCACUGUCACUGUUACUGUCACUGUCACAGCCGUGUUGGCAGGUUUCCAUGACGCCGGCACACGGGUUGGAUGUGCCGUGCAGGUGCUCUCCCGUCGUAAAGAGGCGUUUGUGGAGAUUCCUGACGUGAAACUGAUGCCGACCAAUGGUUUGGAUGAGGGAUCUGGAUCUGCUAGCAGACUCUUCUUCGGGACGUGGAUUGUGGUAGUGACCUUCCUUUGCACUGCUUCAGUCUUCACUGUCCUGUUAAUACGAAAACUAAGGAGCAGUCCGUCACACAGAGACCUUGAGAAGACUGAGGUUCCUCAAACUGCAGACGCUGAUACGGUCCAAGUACCUUUGUUCACACCAGAGAAGAGUCCGGUCAGAAAACGGUCACCUCCUUCAGAAUCCAAGCAGAGCAAAGAGACAGACCCUGAGUCGUCUUCAGAAGCCAGAAGAAUUCAAUCUGACCAUCCGUCACACAGAGACCUUGAGAAGACUGAGGUUCCUCAAACUGCAGACGCUGAUACGGUCCAAGUAGCUUUGUUCACACCAGAGAUUAAUUCGGUCAGAAAACGGACUGCUUCUUUGAAAUUGCUGAAAAAUAAUGCGACAGACUGCCAGACGUCUUCAAAACCCAGAAGACUUCAAUUUGACCAGUAGGGGAACCUCAGGUCUCCACUGAAAGUCCAAUGUACGGGGGUAUCCUGCACUUCUAUAGCGGUUUUCAGACAUGUCCUGUGAUGAAUCUCCAGAGAAUUGGCUCCAGACUUUCUCGACAGUUUUCCUUUCACACAUGCACGAUGCAGCGGAGGGUUUUCUAUACAGACGUGUUCACAACAACAACAAAUCCUGCACAGGAUUCAGGUGAGAGGUGGGGCAGCACACAGAGAUAGCGUGAUUUAGAUUUUUCUCUCACACACUGGAUUCUGCAGACUUUCUGAGGACUUUAUACUCGGGAGUCAGAUGGAGAAAGUCUGCAGAAAGUCUGGAGUCUCGACAGAAACUGCGGAGGAUCUUGGAAGUUCAGUGUAUGUCUGAAAGCAGCUUAAUUUCUUUUACAGUCGCUUACUGAUUCAAUAGGUGAAAUCAGUCUUAUGAUGAUUAAAUGAAUGGCUCUGCAUCAAGGACAACUCGAAAGUUCAGGAUUUAUAUGCAGUUGUGCAGCUGAGUUUGUGUGUUUCUAUUGUGAAUAGUGUAUUGAUUAGGUUCUCCUUAUUUUUAGUGUGUUCUGAUGUGCUUAAUGAUUUGUGCAAUUUACUUUUAUUCCUGUGUUUUUUAUCUGCAGCUUACUGAUAUCUAAUUAGUUUCUGUUCAUUUUUGGCAUUUGUGAUUAUUGUGUAUGUGAAUACGUCGAUUUGCGUAACAUGCGUUAUACGCAUCGUGUGGAAAGUGACGGCACACAGUCAAAGCAUGGAUUCACUCGAAGAGCAGGCUGACGCAAAACAAAUCGCCCACGAUCAUCGAAAGCAUAGGUCACCAAUAGGCGGUCCGGAUUCGAACCCAAACCUAUUAUUAAGUUUUGAUGAAGCGUUUUACUAUUUUCACCUGCGCAGCUUUUUCCCUCUUUACGGUGGUAAAUCCUGGCAGCACACGGUAAAGUUUACUUCUCUCACUGAAUAAGAGAAAGUUAAAAAAGUUAAAGCUGUUUAGUUGUUAAUAUUUGUUGAGAUUGUUCACAUGUGAAAUGUAGUGAAGAAAAGGAGAAACUCAAACUACAUCUUUUUUUUAAUCUUCUAAAAUUAAGCACGUUAUUUUAAGCUGCCUUUUUCUGAUGUUUAUCUGAAUGAAUCUGUAAAGUUUAAAUCAGACAUUGUAUAUUAAAACCUUUUUUUUCUACAUA